AUGAAGGCAUACUCUCCUGCAUUAUUGGCUUCCUUCAUCACUGUUUGGUCACUCGCCAAUGCGGAUGGGAUCCGACUAAUAAAUGGCCAUGAGAACGUUCUAAUUCAGCCAUGGGGAAAAGAUGGCUUUCGUAUCAGGGCGACUUUAGACAAAAUUCCAGAUGGCAAGCACUCUCACACCCUUCUAAAUGAUUCUCAUAGCGUGAUCCUCGACCCACCACUUGACAAAUCAUUGCUCAUCGGAACGAACUAUAACACCACCAUCACUGCGACCCAGAAUGCCUCUUUGGUCAAUGGCUACGCAUCUGUAUCUAUAACAGAGAAUCAGCUCAGCUUCUACCGAAUAGACGAAGGCGGUAACCGGACUCUUGUGCUCCAGGAACUCAAGCUUGGGACACCUGGUUUCCCUCCACGAUGGUACAACAAAAAAAGUUUUCAGGAUGGUUUUCGUAGCCAGUACACAUUCCAAGCUCCUGACAGUGAGUCGGAGCAUCUGUUUGGGACUGGCUCAGAUCUUACCGGUUACUUGAAUAAGAAAAACCAGACUAUUGAUCUUGUGAAGUUUAAUUCGCUGAAUCCGAUACCCACCAUUAUGUCAGACCGUGGAUAUUUAUUUUUUUGGAAUGUGCCGUCAUUAGGAAAGAUAGAACUGUCCCCUACCAGGACUCGCUUCUCAAGCGACCAUACCAGAAUCGUUGAUUACUAUAUCGCAAUACGGCCACCGGCAGACUUCGAUGGUUUGCUAGAGAGAUAUACUGCUGUCACGGGCCGCUCACCCAUGAUCCCGGAUUUUGGAAUGGGAUUCUGGCAGUGUAAGCUGCGUUAUGCGAGCCAGGAAGAAAUCAUGAAUGUUACCACAGGUUUUGCCCAGCGCAAAAUUCCGAUGUCGUUACUUGUCAUUGAUUAUCUGAGCUGGCUACAUGAGGGUGACUGGAAACUGAACAGCUCAGCCUUCCCAGAUGUUCCGAAGAUGGCACGAGAAGUUAAAAAGCUCACCGGAUCCGAAAUGAUGGCCUCUGUUUGGCCUAGCAUCGAAAAUGCGAGUCCUAACUGGGCUAAUGUGAGUAGUCUCGGUCUUACCGCGCAAACAUUUGCCCCUACAGACAUCGCUGGACUCUGGCAAAACAAAUACGUCCACCUUCUUGAUUCUAUGAAUCCGGCUGCCCGCCAGUUCCUGUGGAGUAAUUUAAAGGAGAAUUACUACCAGAAUGGAAUUCGGAAUUUUUGGCUAGACGAAGACGAGGGUGGUCAGGUGGCCAAUGAUGUGUAUCCUUGGACAGAUUAUUCCUUGGGGGCAGGUGAUCAGUACGCCAUGCUGUACCCGUACUUUCACCAGAUGGGUGUUCAUGAGGGACAGCUCAAUGCCUCUGGCUCGACUGAACCAACUGCUUUGAGCCUGACGCGAUCUUCCUGGGCCGGCUCGCAGCGAUUUUCUAGUGUGGUGUGGAGUGGUGAUAUCUUUGAAACUUGGGAGUCGAUGAGGCAGAUGAUCGUCGCCGGCCAGAGUAUGGCUUUAUCUGCACAGGGCUGGUGGACUUUGGAUAUCGGUGGUUUCAAAACGAAUGGCCAGCCAAGCUCGGGCAAUAUUAGCAAUCCAGAAUAUCAAGAACUAUACGUCAGGUGGCUGCAAUGGGGAACUUUCUUACCAAUCAUGCGCAAUCACGGCGAUCGAACCUGUCUUCCAUCAGCACAGGGCAACUUCUUGACCUGUCCUAACGGUAUCUACGGACCCGAGAACGAGCAGAUCAUCGUUUCUUACAUCAAACUCCGUUAUGCGUUACAGCCAUAUAUCAAGGCGCUAUUUCGGCAGCUAUCUCUCAGUGGUAGAGCUAUCAUGCGACCUCUUUUUAUGGAUUUUUCCGUUACAGAUCCUUACACCCUUACUGCUACGGAGAUAUUGAAAGAACAAUAUAUGUUUGGCCCUCGUCUCUUGGUUGCUCCUGUCACCACAUACCAGGCGACAAAUGCGACAGUCUACCUACCCAAACUACCUUCUUCGGCACCCGACUCAAAAUGGACGUACUGGUGGUCAAACCGGACGUAUGAGGGUGGACAAUGGGUUACUGUAUCUGCAAAGAAAGAGACUAUUCCGCUCUUCCGAUUGGGUAGUGUAUCAGAUAUUCUCACUGGCAACAUCUAA